UUAAGGAAUUGUAAGGCAAACAAAGAAGAGAAGAACAAUGAUGAUAAGUUUCAAACCCCAUCACUUCUAUCCUCUCUUCCUCUUUAUCCUCUUCAUCAUUGGACUUGUUCUUGAUCCUUCUAAUGCUCAAACUGAGACACAAAAAAACAACACAGGCUUUAGCUGCAACAAGAGUUCGUAUCCAUGUGAAGCCUAUGCUUUCUAUAGUGCCUCAAGUCCAAAUUUUCUUGACCUUGCUUCAAUAGGUGACCUUUUCUCUGUUAGCCGCCUCAUGAUAUCAAAACCAAGCAACAUAUCAAACUCUUCAUCACCUCUUGUCCCUAACCAACCCCUCUUUGUUCCCUUAACUUGUUCUUGCAACACAGUUAACAGCACUUUUGGUUCCAUAUCUUAUGCUAACAUCUCAUACACCAUCAAACCCAAUGACACUUACUACCUUGUCUCCACUUUCCAAUUUAUGAACCUCACAACCUUCCCUUCUGUUGAGGUUGUGAACCCAACUCAUAUCGCUACAAACCUAUCAAUUGGUGAUGAUGUUAUAUUCCCUGUCUUCUGCAUGUGUCCUAAUAACAGAACAACCCUUUUGCAAGAAAGAGCCAAUUACAUGAUCUCUUAUGUUGUUCAACCUUCUGAUAACAUAUCAUCAAUUGCUUCAAGGUUUGGAUCACAGGAACAGUCCAUAAUUGAUGUGAAUGGUGGUAAACUUACCCUUUAUGAUACCAUCUUUGUUCCGGUGACUCGGUUGCCGGUUCUUUCGCAACCGGCGGUGGUUCCUUCUUCUCCUCCUCCUGCUGCUGCUGCUGGAAAUGGAAGCUCUGAUGAUAGGACUGGGACAGUUAGAGGAUUGGCUAUUGGGUUGGGAAUUACUGGGUUGUUGUUGAUUUUGGUAACUGGGUUGUGGUUUUAUAGGGAGGUUAUGUUCAAGGAUAGGGUGGGGAUGGUUAGAGAUGAGGAACAACAGAGGAAGAAGCAUAACUUGCAUGUGGGAGGGAAAGAGAACAAAGGGAACAAGCAUAUGGAUGUCAUGUUGAUGGCUAAUGUAUCAGAUUGCUUGGACAAGUAUAGGGUGUUUGGAAUUGAAGAACUGAUAGAAGCCACUGAUGGGUUUGAUCAAAGUUGCUUGAUUCAGGGUUCUGUCUACAAAGGCUCAAUUGAUGGGGAAGUAUUUGCAAUCAAGAAGAUGAAGUGGAAUGCCUAUGAGGAGCUCAAGAUCUUACAGAAGGUAAACCACGGGAAUCUGGUGAAGUUGGAGGGAUUUUGCAUAGACCCGGAAGAAGCAAAUUGCUAUCUAGUCUAUGAAUAUGUUGAGAAUGGAUCUCUUUACUCAUGGCUGCAUGAGGACAAAAACGAAAAGCUGAAUUGGAAAACAAGGCUGAGAAUAGCCAUUGACAUUGCCAAUGGUCUCCAAUACAUACACGAGCACACAAGGCCAAGAGUUGUGCACAAAGACAUCAAGAGCAGCAAUAUUCUAUUGGAUUCCAGCAUGAGAGCCAAAAUUGCCAAUUUUGGGCUUGCAAAGUCAGGAAUGAAUGCCAUUACAAUGCACAUAGUGGGAACACAGGGCUAUAUUGCCCCUGAAUAUCUAGCUGAUGGUGUGGUCUCAACAAAGAUGGAUGUGUUCUCUUUUGGGGUUGUGUUGCUUGAACUAAUUUCUGGGAAGGAAGCCAUUGAUGAGAAGGGAAAUCUCUUGUGGGCAAGUGCCAUAAAAACUUUUGAAUUGAAUAAUGAGCAAGAGAAGGCUAGGAGACUUAAGGAAUGGAUGGAUAAGGCUAUUUUAAGGGACACAUGCUCAAUGGAAAGUUUGAUGGGCGUUCUCACCAUUGCAAUUGCUUGUUUCCAUAAAGACCCAUCAAAGAGGCCCAGCAUAGUUGACAUUGUCUAUGCAUUAUGUAAAAAUGAAGAUACAGGCUUCGAACUCUCAGAUGAAGGGAUUGGUUCCCCAAGGUUGGUGGCUAGGUGAACUGGGUUCUGUUGAUGGCCCAUUUGGUUUAAAAGACCCCAAUAUGUAGUACUUAACCCAAAAUAUUCUUGGGUUGUCCAAUCUUUACAGAUUGCAUAAUCUUUAUCUAGGACUUAUUGUAGAUAUGGACAACAAAUAAGCUUUCAAGUGGGGCUUCUUAUGUUGGUUUGCCUUUGGCAGCAUUUGUAAAAGAUGCCAAAAAGUACUGCUAAGUAAUUAAAGUUAGAAGUGUUUUGAGAGGUUUUUGAUGUUUUCCAUUUUUUUUAAUAUAUAGGAUCUCCCAGUUUCACAUUUA